UGUGUUUUUUUUCUUCCUUCCCCCUCCAUGGAGAGGAGAUCGAGAAGCAAGGAAGCAUGUCCUUGGCCCUAGCAAGGAGGUGACCCAUGGCACCAAGCUCACUCCAUCCAUGGCUACCUUCUCUAACCUAGGCUCCUGCCAUGUCCAUCAACCAAUCCAAGCUAGAAAUGCAUGAAUCUUGUAUGUAUGUAUAUAUACAAGUGUAAUAUACAAAUGUUUUCACGUCGCUGUCGUGGUUAAAGAUUGCUGACGUGCGCGCUCCGGCGAGCGGCGGCGGCGGCGGCAGCGAUGGAGCAGCGGCGAGCGAUAGCGUACGAGGAGGUGGAGCCGGUGGUGGAGUGGAGGCAGGUCGGGGACGACAGGGACGUGGUGGAGAUCAGCCUGCCGGGGUUCAGGAAGGAGCAGGUGAGGGUGCAGGUGGACAACCACGGCGUGCUCAGGGCCACCGGCGAGCGGCCGGCGGCGGCGAGGGGAGGGAGGUGGGUGCGCUUCAAGAAGGACCUCCGACUGCCGGAGAACUGCGACGCCGACGGCGUCCGUGCCAGGUUCGAAGACCACAAGCUCAUCAUCACCCUCCCCCUCGUCGUCCCCGACACGGUGCCGUGGACGUCCCCGUCGCCGGAGUCCAAGACGCCGCCGAUUCUGUCUCCGCCGCCGCCGCCGCCGCCGCCACCACCUCCUCCUCCUCGUACGCGCACGCGUACGCGUUUUGAACCGCCACCGCCGCCUCCUUCUCCUCCCCGUACGCGUUUUGAGCCGUCGCCGCCGCCGUCACCACCGCCGCGGCCACCACCUGGUCCGCCUCCUACUCUUCCUCCUCGGACUCGUAGCCAUUUUGAGCCAUCGCUGCCGCCGCCGCCGCCUUCUCCUCCUCCGGUGAAAGCUCCUGUUGCCGAGCCGAAGCCCAAGCCGCCACCGUCGUUGCCGCCACCUCCGCCUCCGCCUCCGCCUCCACCACCACCUCCGGCACUUCCUCCUCCUCCAGAACAAGUGUCGCCACCACCACAACCUCCGGCGAUCACCCCUGUUGUCGUCGAGCCAAAGCCCCAGCCACCGCCACCACCACGAGCUCCGACGGCAAAGCCCUCGCCGCCGCUACCACAAACUCCGGCGGAGGCCGGCACGAGUCCUGAACCGCCGUUGCCGCUGCCGCCCGCCGCCGCCGACAAGGCCAUGACAAAGCUACCCAAUAUUACUCCGACACCGGCCACCGGAGACGGCGAUCCAAAGCCAAAGCCAAAACCGCCUCCAUCUCCGCCGCCGCCGAGGUAUUGGGCUCCACCUCCACCUGCAGUAACUGCUCCCGAACCAACUAAACCCGCCGCCGAUGAGCCGAGACCCUCGUCGCCGCUGCGGCGGAAGUUGCCCAAUACCAUUCAGAGACAGCCCGCAGACGGUGGCCGCCCAAAGCCGCCUCCGUCGCCGCCGCCGCCGCCGCCACAGCGGUAUUGGACUCCACAACCUACAGCCAUUAUCCCCGAACCACCAAAGCCCGCCGCCGACAAGCCGGCACGCCCGCCACCGCCGAGCACGAAGGAACCCGAUGUUACCCUCACUGUGCCGAGUCGUCAGGCCGCCUCACCGCCGCCGCCGCGGCUUCCUGUGUCGGCAAAGAGGAAGGAAGUGCAAGAAGUGGCUCGGGUUGGAGCACCAGCAGCAGAGGAGAAGGAAACGAAGGAGCAGCCGCCGCCGUCGACGGCGAGUGGAACUCGGACGGAGGCGGAGAACGAGAGGAGGCUGCUGGUGAACAUGGCGGCGGCGGCAGCGGUGCUCGUCGGGAUCGUCGUGGCCGUGUGGCGCACCUUGAGUAGCUAACUCUUUCUUCCGUUCUGUCUCUGAAGAAACAGAGGAUCACCUUGCAAAGUGUGGUAUACAUAUGUAAUUAAGUGUUUAAUCUGAUGAGAUUACAUGUAAAUUAACACCUGCAAAUUAAUGUGCAUACUCAAAGACCACAUUGACCCAAAUGGCACUACUGAAUUAU